GCAGGAGAUCAUCGAUCUGACCUUCGAGGACACGAGCACAGGCCCAGCGCCUUGUAGGAGCCUCACCAUCAUUGACCUGACGGAGGACACAUGCAGCCCUCCCCACAGCCCCAGCUGUACUGACCAGCACCCCAAGCCCGUGCCUGCUGUUCCAGCAGCACACACAUCCCAUGUCCAGCUCUCAUCCACCACAACACAAGAAACAGAGGCAGUGGUGAGGCCGAGCCCUCUAACACCCUGGCAUGGUGCUCCCACAGAGCCCAGUGCCACCACGGACACAGCAGAAAGCACAGAGAACUGGAGCUGCUACUCGCCCCCCUCCAACUGCCACAGCUCCUCCUGCAGCCCAGAGCAGAACUGCAGCACUACCAUUUCUAACAGUGACUUGGGCUCCCUGGCCAGCGCAGAGCUGGACUUAGAGCCGCUGGCCCUGUCCUUCUCCAGCCUGGACAGCAGCAGCAGCUCGAGAGAUGGUGACCCAGAGGAAGAGACUCCCCACCUCUGCCAGCAAAAAGAGCUCCCCCCAAGGCUGAGCCCUGCCCCAGCCGUCCCCACAAGCCCAGAGAAGCCCCAAGAGCCUUUGCUGGUAACAGAUGACUUACCGCCACACAAAGCGAUCCAGCAAGUGACCCCAGACAGGACCAAGGUUGACAGCAAGGCCUGGCUGAACAAACUGCACUAUUUCAGGAGGAGCGGGGUCCAGCACCUCUUUCUCCAAGGCAUAGCAUCCAGCAGGGAAACACAGCAGCAGGAACCUGAGCUCAUCUCCAGAGGGAAGCUGAGCAUGGUGCACACCACCAUGGAGGAGAACUUCCUGGAGGGCACCUUGGAUUUCCUGAGCGAGUUUGUCUCCCGCCAGCACUGUCCCCCCAAAGAAAUUAUCUCCCACCUGAUCAGACAGAUGCUGUUGAACUCCCACCAAGGGGAGAUCCUGAAGGACACCUACAUGUUGCUGAUGAAGAUCCAAAUGCUCCAUCCAGCCAACGCUGCCACAGUGGGAUGGGACUGGAUGCUGCUGAAAUACAUCAUGGAGGAACAGACAAAUUCCCUGGUGCUCCUCAAUCUGUGGCUCUGCCAGGCUCAUACUAUCUACAUCUGCCCUCAGAACAAGCCCCCUGGCUGGCUCCUCUUCCUGCAGUAUGUGGUGCAGACCCUGGAGGACGACUUCCAGCAGAACCUGAGGUUGCGCAUGCUGCAGAAGUCAAUUGCUAAGAAAGUGCUUUCAUGUGACAAGUGCUUCAACAAUGUCAAGGAGGUGGUCGAAUGGUUGGUCAUAGCAGUUACUGGAGUCGGGUUCUCCAAGCCCCAGAAGCAGCCACAAGAAACUACACCCUCUUCAGCAGAAGCAAGGGCCGAACACAGCUCAUCUGCACCAUGUCAGGCCAGCACUGACCAGGCAGAGGUGGCUCCACCAGCUUUCUUCACCCAGAAGGUGAUGCUCCUGCUCCAGCGGAUGUUGUCCAUCGCAGUGGAAGUGGACAAAUCUCCCAACUGCAGCUCCUGUAAGAUCGCAGAUGUGAUAUUCCCAUUUAUACUGAACAUUCCUCUGAGGAGCCAAAGGGAAGCUUUCUUAAACACCAUGGAGAGCCAGCUCCUGCGCUGCAAACUGCUAGAGCUGCUGUUCCAGCAUAGUUGCGAGGUGCCCACGACCUUGCCCUUGUCUCUAGCCAAGAUCCUGUACUUCCUGAGCCACUCCUCUGUGCUGCUGCAAUACCAGGACGAAACAGCAACAUGGCAAAAAUGGGAUGAGAUGCUGCAAUACUUGAGUUUGAUGCUGACAAGUUACCAAAAUGUAGUACUGGAGCACUUGCGGAGCUCACUCAACGACCGGAUGGACUUGAUCGUUCAGAAAGCCAAGCCCAAGCUGCAAGAUGAUGAUGACAUCAGCCAUCUGGACAUUCAGCUGAAGAUAGAGGACUUCAUCAGCCGCAUGCAGCAGGCUCUGGGGCAACCUUUUCCCCUGCAGAUCAUGGAGAAGUUGUGCAUGCUUCGGGAAUUGUUCCUCAUUAUCACUUCUACCUGAUGGAGACAACCACUGCAGCAGGAAGCACAAAGAGCUUGGUGGUUCUUUGGAAAAGUGUCUCAUUUACAUGGUGUUGGAAUUUCUUUUUAAACUUGCUUCCUCCUACAGCUUCACAAGGCACUUUGUACACUUUUAAAAAAUAAAUUAUUUUC